UGAUUGUUUAUGUGGACCACCUCAAGAUUGUAUGAAACCACAAUGUUCUUUACAUCUUUUGCAAUAUUGUUUUAAAGGAUUAUGUGUUGAUAGAUGCAAUAGUAAUGACAAUUGCCCUAUGAAAGUAUGCAUUGAUGGAACUUAUAAAUGCAAUACUGACAAAGAUUGUCCUGCUCCAUUUCUAUUUUGUUAUCCUGUUAAUGGACAACAAGAAAUUGUAAAGCUUGUCAAGAUCAUAGUCAUUGCCCUAAUAGGAAAAUUUUGUAAUCUUGAACAGGGCAUGUAUUGCACUAAACUGGAUUGUACAUAUGACACUAGUGAUGAUUAUUCAGAGUUUUUCCCUAAUUGUAUUUACUUAAAAUUUUCUAAUGUUUCUAGAUGUAGAGGAUGUUUUGCAAACAGCGAUUGUACACUUUUAAAUAAUCCUGAACUUGCUUUUUGUCAUAAUAAUUUAUGUUGUAAAAAUAAUGGUUGUGCAUAUAAAACAUGUUUUGACUAUCCUAAACAUAGUUAUUGCGGACCUGAAGGAUAUU